UUAAGCCCGAGCCGGCCUUUAAUUCCCUUUAAAACACAAGUUAAUAUGCCAUCAUCAGGAACACUCCGAAGUCAACUUGGCCCCGCACUAAGGGCCCUAAAGGUUCAUCUGGCUGCCGCCACCGCUUUGGUUAGAGCUGGUGCCGAACGAGAUCUCGAACAAUUACGAGGUGAGCAGCAUCACCUCAGUCGGACCCUGGAUCGGGUCGACAAUCUCAAUGAGAGGUGGGCUAACCUCAUUGAUCACCUGGAGGGCGAAUUGCUGGAGGCCGAGGAGCAAAUUUACUAUAAUUUCCCUCCCCCAGCACCAGAAGAAGCACAACACGUACACGUACAUUUCAUGGAAAUCGCGGAGCAAGCGCGAGGAGUUCUAAAUGAGAUCGACUACCUAAUCAGCGAACAAGAAGGCAAAGCCAGCAGCAGAGCUAGCCUAGAGUCGGAUCGGACUCUAGCCGAGCGAGGGCAGGACCAGCAUGAAUCCUUACUAGAGCACUCUUAUCGAGAAGAGUCAUUCAACCAGCAAGUAAACCAACAAGAAUUUCAGCAAGUCAAUCAACAGUUCAACCAACAACAAUAUCAACACGUCAACCAGCAAGUCAAUCAACAGGCAUAUCAACAGCCAAAACAGCAGUUUAAUCCAGACAUGGCCAAUCGAUGGCAGCCGGAAAUUCGGUUGCCAGAACUUCGGCUGGACCCUUUUAACGGGGACCCGAAGAAAUGGCCUACUUUCUGGCAGUUAUUUUCAUCAAACAUUGAUCAGCGUCCGAUGGAUGAUAUUCGGAAAAUGAGCUACCUUUUAACAUUUCUUCAGGGACCAGCUAAAGAGUUAGUCGCGGGGUUUGUUCUGUCGAAUGAGAACUACUCGCGGGCUCUUGACCUGCUUAAAUCACGUUAUGGAGAUAGUAGGGCUAUCACCGAAGCCCUUGAGGCCGAACUUAUGAACCUCCACCACGCAAAUGAGAGCAGUCAUUCCCUCCGCUCAUUUGUAGAUUCAGUUGAAAGGAUCUGCAGACAGCUUGAGGCCUACGGGCACGUGGACACGUCCCCCUUCGUCUCAACCGCCAUCAAGUCAAAGCUGCCCCAGGCGAUCAUCUCUAAGUUAAUUGAGAAAGAGAGGGGCUCGGGAGCGAGAUGGAAUUGUGCUCAGCUUAGAAAAGAAUUGCGCGAGAUCGUGGAGAUCCGCGAAGAAGUUCAGAGGUGUGCUACAGUAAACCGAGUAAAACAUGAGGUAGCACAGACCCACAUUCAUAGAAACAAGGGGCCCCCUGACAGAGGGCAGCCUGAAUUGACACGUGCCUUUGGGGCACCCUCACAUCAGCGACCAACAUUUAACCGCUUUAGGAAUAGAGCGCGUAAAUGUUCGUUGUGUGGCACUCUCGGGCAUUUUCCCUCACAAUGCCCUAAAUAUCCAACGCCUCAAGACCGCCUUCGUCGCUUAAAGGAACAAGGACGAUGCAUGCGUUGCUUAAACGAAGGUCAUUUUGUUAAAGAAUGCUCUUCCUUUAGAGUAUGUGCGCAAUGCCAGGAGGGUCACCACGUUUUGGUUUGUACGAAGGGACGUCCGACUUUUACACCCAAGGCACCGAAUCGUCCACCAAACAAGCAAAAACCAAACAAGCAGUUUUCUCAAAUGGCCGCGACCAGAGAUAAGGGUCCCGGCACAGGAGACGAGCAAAGCAAUUUCCGCCGUCGCCUACGGACAUUUACGCAAAAAGCCAACUGCUUAUCUUAUGACUAG